ACGCUUCAAGUCACGUGACCCCUUCAUCCUUGUCAGCUGACGCUUGGCGGAACUGUAGUUUUAGUCAUAUAAAUAAAGCAGUGGAUAGAUUAGUUUAGUAGUUCCAAAGUUAGUUUUAAAUAUUUCCUUUGAUAAAUCUCUCUUAAGAUCGCAGUCAGCGCCUUAAAAACACCAGCCAUGGCGCUCAGCGAUGCCGCCGUACAGAAACAGAUCAAACACAUGAUGGCCUUUAUUGAGCAGGAAGCCAAUGAGAAGGCAGAAGAAAUAGAUGCAAAGGCAGAAGAAGAGUUUAAUAUCGAAAAAGGACGACUGGUACAGACUCAGAGGUUGAAGAUAAUGGAGUACUAUGAGAAGAAAGAGAAACAGAUUGAACAACAGAAGAAAAUCCAAAUGUCAAAUUUGUUGAACCAGGCCAGACUGAAGGUACUCAAAGCCCGUGAUGACAUGAUUAAGGAUCUCCUUAAUGAAGCACGACAACGGAUGGCCAACAUUGCCAAAAACCCAAAUGAGUACCCAACACUGCUGGAGGGGCUGGUGUUACAGGUCAGCUGA